GCCGCCACCACCGCCAGCACCGCCGGGAGCUCGAUGGGCUUCUCUUGCGCGCCGCCCUGUGUCUGGCCGAGUCCAGGGAGCCGCGGCGCCUCGUGCCGGGGAGCCAUCGCUGCAGCCCGAGGCCGGAUCGCGGGUCGGGGGCUGCAGGGGGAGCGACGGCGGCGGCGACAGCCGAGCCCCACCGGGGGCCUGGGACUGGGGAACUGCCUCCAGCUUCACGGUGCACCUACAGGGAAGACAUCCUGCAUUGUUGAACUUUGCCCUCCAGGGAAUCUAGGAGAGGUGAAACUGGAAGUGUUUCCUCCCUAACGAAAGUACAGGUGCCCCCACCUGUUGUGGCACAUAGAUGCCUUUGUGUGUGGUUGGACGCCUGGAUUCUAGAGAGGACCUCCGUGAUGCCAGUAUGGACAGAAUAGCUUAUGAUGCUUAUCCCCGCCCACCACUUCCGAGACAUUGAGCGGAAGCCAGAAUACCUCCAGCCAGAGAAGUGCGUCCCACCUCCCCACCCCAGUCCUGUGGGAACCAUGUGGUUUAUCCGUGAUGGCUGUGGCAUCGCCUGUGCCGUUGUCACCUGGUUUCUGGUCCUCUAUGCGGAGUUUGUGGUCCUCUUUGUCAUGCUGAUUCCAUCCCGAGACUACGUGUACAGCAUCAUCAAUGGAAUUAUGUUCAACCUGCUGGCCUUCUUGGCCCUGGCUUCCCACUGCCGGGCCAUGUUGACGGACCCCGGGGCGGUGCCCAAAGGAAAUGCCACUAAAGAAUUCAUCGAGAGUUUACAGCUGAAGCCUGGGCAGGUGGUGUACAAGUGUCCCAAAUGCUGCAGCAUCAAGCCUGACCGAGCCCACCACUGCAGUGUUUGUAAGCGGUGCAUUCGGAAGAUGGACCACCACUGUCCCUGGGUCAAUAACUGUGUUGGCGAGAACAACCAGAAGUACUUCGUCCUGUUUACAAUGUACAUAGCUCUCAUUUCCUUGCACGCCCUCAUCAUGGUGGGAUUCCACUUCCUGCAUUGCUUUGAAGAAGACUGGACAAAGUGCAGCUCCUUCUCGCCACCCACCACAGUGAUCCUCCUCAUCCUCCUGUGCUUCGAGGGGCUGCUCUUCCUCAUUUUCACAUCAGUCAUGUUUGGGACCCAGGUACACUCCAUCUGCACGGAUGAGACGGGCAUUGAGCGCCUCAAACGAAAGCACCAGCCCAGGGAACGCACAAGCAGCUGGAAGUCAGUCAAAGAGACCUUUGGUGGGGACUUUUCCCUGAACUGGUUCAACCCCUUCUCCGGACUGCGUCAUCCAAAGCCUCUCAGUGACAGUGGCUGGGUGCGACAGGUGGCAUCGCUGUCAGACACUGAGAACACAGAAACAACAGAGGAGCACUCAGAGCAGAGGAAGGACGAGGACUCUGUGGAGGUGAUAGAUGAAUGAUACUGUGGGGAGAGGGCCAGGCACCAGGCAGCCGCAUCAUCCUACGUGCCGGCAUCAUCGCCACAGGGCUCCUGCGCACCACUCGCUCCCCUGCACCCACUGCUCCCUUCACACCACCCCCUUGGCUUUGCCGUCCUCUGACCCCUCCUCCCUCUCCCCACGUUGGACCAGUUCGGGGAUGGGGGUGGACUAGGGGUGACAGAGGAAGAUGAGAAACUUGCUCUGAGCUCAUCUGCCCAUGAGGGAUUGUCAGGAACCAUUCUCCGAGGCUGGGCACCCUUCACAGCCUGUGCACCCUCACCCAGCAAAGGAGGCUCUGAAUAGGGCAGCCUGGGGGCAGAAAAGAACUGGCCUGUGUCCUUUCUUGGGAUGUCUGUCUUCUCUUGAGAAGGUUGGGGCCCAGGCUCCUGGCUUUUGAAAACUAAGGCUGUGUGGUUGUGAUGGAAGAACAGAGCAGGGCUGGCCUUGGGAACCUGGGGUGGGACACUGGCAUCAGGAGAGAUGGACCUGGAAAGGCUGAAGGGAUUCUGGUCACUCCCCCGAAAGGGCUUCCCCCUGGUGCCUGCCUAAACUAGAAGAAAGGCAUGGCGGCCUCAGCUACCUUCAGGGCUCAGGCUUGGUUUGGGAGAAGACUCCAACAGCAGGCUAUACACACACACACGGGACAUGCCGAGGUUGGAAGCAAGCCUGAGUUAUGACAGUAACACCCAAACUUAGCUCCCGUUCUAUAGAUACUAGAAUCCCUGAGUCAGCUCGGAGGUGUCCUGCCUUGUGGCUAAAAACCUUGUGGCUAAAAACCCUCCCACUGAAGGGUCGGGAGGAAGAACCUGUUUAGAGCUACCGGAACUCUGACCUCCCCUAUGAGAACUGCAUUUAACUGUCCGUCCUGGAGAGAGUCUAACCACCCACAUGGGCAGAACUGACCAGAAAUCUGGCCUGAAUGUUUUAGGCCAGUUCUCCCAAGACAGUGCCCAUCGUGUCUCUCUGAAAGGAUGGGUAGUGGCCAGAGCCCCCCCCACACACACACACUACCAGAGAGGGCAUCUCUGGUGGGUCCCUGUGCUGCUGCCCACAGCUCUGCUUCCAGGCCAGGCCUAUGGGGCCACCAGCACUGGUGAGAUGAGGUGGUGGGCAGGGCAGACGUGGGGCACCCCUUGGGAUGUCUUCUUUACCCCAAAGGUCAGGAAGGGGCACCCUUGUUUAACACCCUUCUUUUCCUGGGUCUGGUCCAAGUGAGGACCCCUCUGGCUGGCCUGCCCCCUCUGCACCCCGAGGUGGAGGCCCACAGGGUCACAAAGGCAGCUUUAUUCCUGGGGAUCAGGGAGUGAAUGGGAGGUACAGAGGGAUGGAUCUUACCUCCUUGGCCAUGAGAGAGGAACUGAAGCAACAGGAUCAGCAAAUUCACAGACCACAUCUAGGGCCACAUCCAAGAUGGUUCCCAAGGAAAGGCAUUCCUGAAAAGGGGACCUGGGGUCCAGCAGCAUGUCCGGGGAGCACAGGGCUGGCUGUCCUCACCGCGUGUGAGCUGGGAGUGCUCAGCAGGGUAAGGGCCUGGGAUGGGCCUGCCUGGUAUGAGGGGUAGGGGUGCUCUCCGAUCACUCCCACGCUGCCUGGAGGAGGGGGAUAUUUCAGGUGUUAGAGUGAGAGUGAAAUGUCUGGAUGGGACCAGGUGAGGAGGCUGUGGCUUCCUUGGAGAAGGUUCAGGGGCUGUAUGGAGGGAGCAGGUAUGCAGGCUCCCUCACCAGGAGAGGUGGGGCUGUUCUCCAUCUUCCUCCCUCCCUCCCUCAUCCCCCCACCCCCGCAUUGGCCCCCUUGAAGGUUCCUGAUUUUAACUUACCAACACCAUCAGUCAUCAAGUAGGAGGGACCACUGGGUCAUCCGCCACCACCAAGGGGCUGGGGCUCCUUCCACGUGGAAGACUGGACAUGCCUACUACACUACAGGUGCCUCGAAGGCUCACCAACCAUGGGGAAGCGUAGGGGCUGUGAAGUUGGGUUUCACGUGCCAUAGUUUCAAGUUGCCUGAAGUUGUCGAAAGUCAAAGGUGAACAGACAGCACUUGGCCCUCAGUCCUGCUUCUGGUUUGGCAGGCAGGCCCAGGCCCAGGCCCGGUGUGUGCAGAGAUCCGAGGGAAAGGCCCCGUCUACCUGCUCUUCCUCAGGUAGGCCCCCCUCAGGGAAGCAAGAGGGGUGGGAUUUCAGGCAGGAGGAGGAGCGAGGAGAGAAUAUAUUUCCAGCAGGCCCAGACCAGUUCUGGCAGAAGACUCUACUUGGCUAGUGCUUCCAGGGCUGAUGCACUCUGGGGCUGAAGAGGUGGUCCCUCCUCACGGGGCAAGUGGGCAGCAGCUUCUGAUAGCCUGUGUCUCCAGGGAGGGACUCUGUGGCUGUGGACGCCUUUGGUUCUGACUGCAGAUAGUGGUGGCCCUGCUCUUCGAGGCCAUGACUCAAGGCAGGGAGGUGAGGUUCUGUGGCCCAGGCUGGGGGUUUCUAGCUGUCAACAGGCUACCCUGUGAUUCCACACGACCUGGCCUAGUGGGUCCUGCUGCCUGUGAUUUGUGUUGGCCUUUGAACGCUUUCACCCAGCUGGCUCUUGAAUCUGCCCUCCUAUGAGUAAUCAAAUCUAAUCAUCUGAAAUCUAAUGAGUAAUAAAAUCUAAUUAUCUGAAAGCUAAUCCCAAAGCAGGAAAUGCUGAAACGCUCAACCAAGGCUUAGAGCCAGUCAGAGCUGCUGCCUCUUUCCAAGGCAUCAGGCAAAGGCUAGUUGUGAUGAGAACAGUCUUCUCAGCAUGAACCUCUUUCACCUGAUUGGAACUAAACUUGAUAAAUUUCUCAAGUCCA